GUUCAGGCACCAAACACACAGCACCACUUGUGGCUCUUAAAAACCUGCUUUCUAUCUACAGCUGUCAAUCCAUCCACUCUCUAUUUCUACCUCUUAUAUCUCUCUCAACACACACUCUCACACGGACACAGAUACGACACAGACACUGACAAAGAAAGUAUUGUUAUGACAGACCUCAGGAUCGGUGAGCUCAGGGUCGACGGAGCAGACACAGAAGCCAGGAAUCACUUGAGUGAAGAAGAGGACGAGGAUUGGAUUAAACUUCUUAUCCACCAGUCCCAGGGGGCCAAAGAGUUUGCCUACUGUCCCUACAGCAUGUUCCGGGUGGGGGCAGCCCUGUUGGCACAUGAUGGAACCAUUUUUACAGGUGAGGGGCUUACAAAUAAUAUAAUAAUAAAGACAUGGGUUGGGGGCUGAUAAAAUGGUUCCAUUGAUUUAUUUGGUAUGUUGCGUAUUGCUUUAACUCUUCAGAUUGCUUGAAUAAAGCCCUACAGCGCAGUCAUGACUGCUCAUAACAUUGUUAUGAACAAUUAAUUAGAAUAGGUGUAUUCUGUUUAGGAAUGGAAUUACUAAAAGGAGAAUAAUAAGUUAUAAUGUUUUUUGUUGUCAGAGUGGCUGGUCUGGCCACCAUCAGUGGAUACAAACAGCAUUUUCCUGAUUGAAUAUUGGUAAAAAUAUGCUUGCUGUCAAACACACCUGUGCCUGCUGAACUACUGCACAGACAGAAUACUUUUUUAUGUUUUUAAUAUGUUCCAAGAAAAAGUAUUAGGUGUUAGAUUAAGUUCUCACAAUGUUGACUACAGUGCAGGUCGGUCAGUGGUGCCAAUGUUUUCAUUUCACUGUGCACUUAGUAAUUAUUAGUAUCAAUAUUAUGACAUUGGUUAUUAAGACCAAGGCAAUGUUACAUUUGUUGCAUUCAUUGGCACUGCAAUGUGAAGUGAUUGCAUUGCAAGUCCCCAGUAAAGUAAAGGCAUGGUAAAUCAAACUUCUUGUCCACUGUGGACACAGCCUUUAUUUUCUUUAUUUAAAAGUAAGAAUCCAACCUCAUGUAUAUUUUGCACUGAAUGCUUUCUACAGAACUAACUCUUCUAUUCUAUUCUAACCCCCAAGCACUGGAGGCUUGCUUUUUCUUUUUCUUUCUUUUUAAACUUGUUUUAAUACUAUUUUUCUCCUGUUUUGCUUUGAAUUAUAUAACAUUGGUCUGGUCAAGACGUACAUAUUUUAUAGUUUUCCUUUUUCAUUUGUAAAAUAUUUUUGACACAUUAGCAUUUAGAUUGUUUAUGGUUAAUCCUGCCAGAGAGGGUUGGAGGUUGGAGGGUGGGGCAGGUGAGGCAGGUAGCCUAGCGGAUAACAGCGUUGGGCCAGUAACCGAAAGGUUGAAAGGUGAAAAAUCUGUCGAUGUGCCCUUGAGCAAGGCACUCAACCCUAACUGCUCCUAUAAGUCGCUAUUUGCUGGAUAAGAGUGUCUGCUAAAUGACUAAAAUGUUAAUGUAAAAAAAAAAAAUCAGCCUGUAUGACCAGUCCAGAGAUUUACAAAUAGAUGUAUCUACAUUCCUGUUUAGUGCAGGUAAUACAGUAUGAACGUCAAUAACAAUAUAUGACAGUCAGACUGCCCUUAGCAGCAUCAAAUUGAACCCUCUGAGUGUUAUCUGAAUCAAGAAUGAUCAUUGAGAUUCAUUAAAAUACUUUUAUAGCUUUAAGGAUGAAGACGUGUUCUGUAUUUGAUUUGAUACCAUUCCAGAGAUUCCAGGAGCACUUACGAAUGCAGAAAACAUUAACUAAAGUAUCCUCCUUUUUUCUAAACAGGAUGCAAUGUAGAAAAUGCAAGCUACAACCUUGGUCUCUGUGCAGAGAGAACAGCUAUUGCAAAAGCUGUUUCCGAGGGAUACAGAAGUUUUAAGGCUAUUGCCAUUGCCAGGUGCAGUAUUCCUGAACUUUGCUUUGUUUCCGAGUAAACAACAGUUGAUCAAAAACAGUUAUUGAUUCAGUUAUAUUUUGUCCUGUUGAGUUCAUCAGAUUACAUUACACUUUUAUAUGAAAUUGUUGGAGUUCACUGGGUUUUGCUGCCCCUCAGAGUGUGUAGAUGGUUAAAACAUUCUACUCCUAUCAAAUUAUCUUCCUGAAGGGUUUAAAUACUACUACACUGUAUACAAUUAUUGUCAACAUAAAUAUAUUGGUUAACACACAGUACUGAAAAACACCAUUGGGGGUAAUGUUGUUAAUGAUAUGAUUGAUUUUGUAGUGACCUGGAAGACCAGUUCAUCUCACCAUGUGGAGGUUGCAGACAGUUCAUGCGAGAGGUAAGUCAAUUAUUCAUGCAACUUAGAUCUGUGAAUGAUUGCAUGGUAAAAAUCAUUUAAAUUCCAUAACUUUUUGACAGCACCCCCUUUUGAUUUGAACAAAACAUUCCAUAGAUAUUUGCUAAUUGUAGAAGUACUCAGAAAGUGACUUUCUGGACCUGAAUGCCAAAACAUUGAAGAGAUGAAGUAGCUCAAAGUUCACCUAAUUUGCAUACCCCACCAUGAGCCAUCCAUGUCUUCAUCAUCACUGGAAAAGAUAAACGGUUGAGAUUGAUAUCAUUUAAAAGCUUACAAACAGAGUUAUAAAACUAUUUGAUCAUUUCGUUUUUUAAAACACUUUUAUAUAUAUAUACAGUGAGGGAAAAAAGUAUUUGAUCCCCUGCUGAUUUUGUAUGUUUGAACACUGACAAAGACAUGAUCAGUCUAUCAUUUUAAUGGUAUGUUUAUUUGAACAGUGAGAGACAGAAUAACAACAUAAAAAUCCAGAAAAACGCAUGUCAAAAAUGUAAUAAAUUGAUUUGCAUUUUAAUGAGGGAAAUAAGUAUUUGACCCCUCUGCAAAACAUGACUUAGUACUUGCUGGCAAAACCCUUGUUGGCAAUCACAGAAGUCAGACAUUUCUUGUAGUUGGCCACCAGGUUUGUACACAUCUCAGGAGGGAUUUUCUUCCACUUCUCUUUCCAGAUCUUCUCCAAGUCAUUAAGGUUUCGAGGCUGACAUAUGGCAACUCGAACCUUCAGCUCCCUCCACAGAUUUUCUAUGGGAUUAAGGUCUGGAGACUGGCUAGGCCACUCCAGGACCUUAAUGUGCUUCUUCUUGAGCCACUCCUUUGUUGCCUUGGCCGUGUGUUUUGGGUCAUUGUCAUGCUGGAAUACCCAUCCACGAUCCAUUUUCAAUGCCCUGGCUGAGGGAAGGAGGUUCUCACCCAUGAUUUGACGGUACAUGGACCCGUCCAUCGUCCCUUUGAUGCGGUGAAGUUGUCCUGUCCCCUUAGCAGAAAAACACCCCCAAAGCAUAAUGUUUCCACCUCCAUGUUUGACGGUGGGGAUGGUGUUCUUGGGGUCAUAGGCAGCAUUCCUCCUCCUCCUACAUUGUAGAAUAAUAGUGAAGACAUCAAAACUAUGAAAUAACACCUAUGGAAUCAUGUAGUAAGCAAAAAAGUGUUAAACACAUCAACAUAUAUUUGAGAUUUGAGAUUCUUCAAAUAGCCACCCUUUGCCUUGAUGACAGGUUUGCACACUCUUGGCAUUCUCUCAACCAGCUUCACCUAGAAUGCUUUUCCAACCGUCUUGAAGGAGUUCCCACAUAUGCUGAGCAUUGUUGGCUGCUUUUCCUUCACUCUGCGAUCCGACUCAUCCCAAACCAUCUCAAUUGGGUUGAGGUAGGGGUAUUGUGGAGGCCAGGUCAUCUGAUGCAGCACUCCAUCACUCUCCUUUUUGGUAAAAUAGCCCUUACACAGCCUGGAGGUAUGUUGGGUCAUUGUCCUGUUGAAAAACAAAUGAUAGUCCCACUAAGCCCAAACCAGAUGGGAUGGCGUAUCGCUGCAGAAUGCUGUGGUAGCCAUGCUGGUUAAGUGUACCUUGAAUUCUAAAUAAAUCACAGACAGUGUCACCAGCAAAGCACCCCCACACCAUAACACCUCCUCCUGCAUGCUUUAUGGUGGGAAAUACACAUGCAGAGAUCAUUCAUUCACCCACAACGCGUCUCACAAAGACACGGUGGCUGGAACCAAAAAUCAAAAAUUUGGACUCCAGACCAAAGGAUACAUUUCCAUAGUCUAAUGUCCAUUGCUCGUGUUUCUUGGCCCAAGCAAGUCUCUUCUUAUUAUUGGUGUCCUUUAGUAGUGGUUUCUUUGCAGCAAUUCGACCAUGACGGCCAGUUGAUGUUGAAAUGUGUCUGUUACUUCAACUCUGUGAAGCAUUUAUUUGGGCUGCAAUUUCUGAGGCUGGUAACUCUAAUGAACUUAUCCUCUGCAGCAGAGGUAACUCUGGGUCUUCCAUUCCUGUGGCGGUCCUCAUGAGAGCCAGUUUCAUCAUAGCGCUUGAUGGUUUUUGCGACUGCACUUGAAGAAACGUUCAAAGUUCUUGACAUGUUCCGUUUUGACUGACCUUCAUGUCUUAAAGUAAUGAUGGAUUGUCGUUUCUCUUUGCUUAUUUGAGCUGUUCUUGUCAUAACAUGGACUUGGUCUUUUACCAAAUAGGGCUAUCUUCUGUAUACACCCCCACCUUGUCACAACACAACUGAUUGGCUCAAACGCAUUAAGAAGGAAAGAAAUUCCACAAAUUAACUUUUAAGAAGGCACACCUGUUAAUUGAAAUGCAUUCCAGGUGACUACCUCAUGAAGCUAGUUGAGAGAAUGCCAAGAGUGUGCAAAGCUGUCAUCAAGGCAAAGGUUGGCUAUUUGAAGAAUCUCAAAUACAAAAUAUAUUUUGAUUUCUUUAACACUUUUUUGGUUACUACAUGAUUCAAUAUGUGUUAUUUCAUGUCUUCACUAUUAUUCAACAAUGUAGAAAAUAGUAAAAAUUAACAAAAAAGAAAAACCCUUGAAUGAGUAGGUGUGUCCAAACUUUUCACUGGUACUGUAUAUUAAACGUUUUCUAAACUAAAUUAUAAAAUAGUUCAUAUUGUGAUACUAAACGUAAAUUAACUAAAAACGCGAUAACUCCAUUUUUUUUCAUAUUCGCAUGUUUUUUACACAAAGAUGGUUGGACGUCCACACAUCAGAGAAUGUUGACCUGAAUGGGAAUAUCUGUUGCUUUAAAUUAUACUGUCAAUCCUCCAUAGGAAACCUAUGGAAACCAUGAGUGGCGCAGUGGUCUAAGGCACUGCAUCGCAGUGCUAACUGUGCCACUAGAGAUCCUGGUUCGAAUCCAGGCUCUGUCGCAGCCGGCCGUGACCGGGAGACUCAUGGGAGGCGCACAAUUCGUCCAGGGUAGGGGAGGGAAUGGCCGGCAGGGAUGUAGCUCAGUUGAUAGAGCAUGGCGUUUGCAACGCCAGGGUUGUGGGUUCGAUUCCUACGGGGGGGCAGUAUAAAAAAAUAUGUAUUCACUAACUGUAAGUCGCUCUGGAUAAGAGCGUCUGCUAAAUGACUAAAAAAUGUAAAUGUAAAAAUAUACAGUGGGGAAAAAAGUAUUUAGUCAGCCACCAAUUGUGCAAGUUCUCCCACUUAAAAAGAUGAGAGAGGCUUUUAAUUUUCAUCAUAGGUACACGUCAACUAUGACAGACAAAUUGAGGGAAAAAAAUCCUGAAAAUCACAUUGUAGGAUAUUUUAUGAAUUUAUUUGCAAAUUAUGGUGGAAAAUAAGUAUUUGGUCACCUACAAACAAGCAAGAUUUCUGGCUCUCACAGACCUGUAACUUCUUCUUUAAGAGGCUCCUCUGUCCUCCACUCGUUACCUGUAUUAAUGGCACCUGUUUGAACUUGUUAUCAGUAUAAAAGACACCUGUCCACAACCUCAAACAGUCACACUCCAAACUUCACUAUGGCCAAGACCAAAGAGCUGUCAAAGGACACCAGAAACAAAAUUGUAGACCUGCACCAGGCUGGGAAGACUGAAUCUGCAAUAGGUAAGCAGCUUGGUUUGAAGAAAUCAACUGUGGGAGCAAUUAUUAGGAAAUGGAAGACAUACAAGACCACUGAUAAUCUCCCUCGAUCUGGGGCUCCACGCAAGAGCUCACCCUGUGGGGUCAAAAUGAUCACAAGAACGGUGAGCAAAAAUCCCAGAACCACACGGGGGGACCUAGAGAGCGGGGACCAAAGUAACAAAGCCUACCAUCAGUAACACACUACGCCGCCAGGGACUCAAAUCCUGCAGUGACAGACGUGUCCCCCUGCUUAAGCCAGUACAUGUCCAGGCCCGUCUGAAGUUUGCUAGAGUGCAUUUGGAUGAUCCAGAAGAGGAUUGGGAGAAUGUCAUAUGGUCAGAUGAAACCAAAAUAGAACUUUUUGGUAAAAACUCAACUCGUCGUGUUUGGAGGACAAAGAAUGCUGAGUUGCAUCCAAAGAACACCAUACCUACUGUGAAGCAUGGGGGUGGAAACAUCAUGCUUUGGGGCUGUUUUUCUGCAAAGGGACCAGGACGACUGAUCCGUGUAAAGGAAAGAAUGAAUGGGGCCAUGUAUCGUGAGAUUUUGAGUGAAAACCUCCUUCCAUCAGCAAGGGCAUUGAAGAUGAAACGUGGCUGGGUCUUUCAGCAUGACAAUGAUCCCAAACACACCGCCCGGGCAACGAAGGAGUGGCUUUGUAAGAAGCAUUUCAAGGUCCUGGAGUGGCCUAGCCAGUCUCCAGAUCUCAACCCCAUAGAAAAUCUUUGGAGGGAGUUGAAAGUCUGUGUUGCCCAGCGACAGCCCCAAAACAUCACUGCUCUAGAGGAGAUCUGCAUGGAGGAAUGGGCCAAAAUACCAGCAACAGUGUGUGAAAACCUUAUGAAGACUUACAGAAAACUUUUGACCUGUGUCAUUGCCAACAAAGGGUAUAUAACAAAGUAUUGAGAAACUUUUGUUAUUGACCAAAUACUUAUUUUCCACCAUAAAUUGCAAAUAAAUUCAUAAAAAAUCCUACAAUGUGAUUUUCUGGAUUUAUUUUCCUCAUUUUGUCUGUCAUAGUUGACGUGUACCUAUGAUGAAAAUUACAGGCCUCUCUCAUCUUUUUAAGUGGGAGAACUUGCACAAUUGGUGGCUGACUAAAUACUUUUUUCCCCCACUGUAGAUAAUGGAAUUGACAUGACCAUUUUUAUGUUGACAUUCGAUGGUGAGUGGACCGGCAGCCAUCUUUGUGGUAGUAAUUAGAAGUUAAAAUGUCUAUUCAAUAUAAAUGUCAAUGGUGUACCAGCUAAAUUGCAGUGGUCUGAAGGGAUAGGUCAAUUCUAUUAAUGAUAUUGCUAUGAUUGAAAUGAGCUUACGCGUUUUUAGAUAAUUGACGUUAAAGGUUAAAAAAUGUCAUACUUUUUCUGUUAAAACAUUUUUUUCAAGAAAUUAGAAAAUAGUUUGACAACGCUAUUUGUAAGCUUUUAAAUUAUAUCAAACUCAACCAUUUAUAUUUUCCAGUAAUGAAGACAUGGUUGUCUCAUGGUAUGGUGGGGUAUGCAAAAUGGGUCAACUUUGAGCACCUCUAAUGUUUUGGCACUCAGGUCCAAAAAGUCACUUUCUGACCACUUCUACCAUGAGAAAACAUGUAUGGAAAGUUUUGUUUAAAUCAAAAGGGGUGCUGUCAAAAAGUGAUUGAAUUCAAAUGGAUUUACUCUGCAUUGAUAAUGGAACCAAGGUCUAAUCCAGGAAACCUAAAUCUACGGUGGUUUUAAAAUUAAUGGAGCAUCACAAAGCCAUCCAACUAUAAUGGAACAACCUCAAGUAAUCCAACUAACUUUUCCCUUGUAGUUUGGUGAUCAGUGGUCCGUGUACCUAUCCAAGCCUGAUGGGUCUUAUGUGGAAAUGACUGUAGAAGACCUGCUUCCUGUGUCAUUUGGGCCUGAAGACCUGAAGAAAAAGAGAAUGUUCACCACACAGAAUGGGUCAUAAUAGUAUUCACAAGACAAGAGGAAAAACAAGAAUCAUUCAUAACAGCAUUACAAGUCCAUGAAAUGUCAAUAACCCCUAACCACAUACAUGAAGAAUGUUAGAUUUCCAAUAGGACUACUAUACAAUUUAUUAGUUGAAUAAUGCCAGUGGAUAUUGAUUUGCGCCUCAGAAAUUAGUAAAACGUCUCAAUGUGUUUUCUAACAAGUGUUUGAACAGUAGAUUACAUCAAAUAUUCUUUUGCUACACAGCUCACAUUCACAUUAUGUGUAUGAUUGGAAGUGUUUGAAGUAUCAAUGUUAAAAAAUACUUUAUGUAUUACUCAAGAAUAUUAAAGUGCUUUAGGACAAUUGUGUAAAGUUUUGAUAGUUUUUAGGCCUAUUUGCAUAAUUUGCUGACGCCGGUAAAAUUGUAAUUGUCGCACUGUCUCUUUAAUUCUAAAAUGGUUCCAGUAACAAAGAACGUCACGUGACACUAACAAGGGCGCUUCUGUCUGUUCUAGUUUGUUUACAUAACGAUUUGUCCUUGUGUAUCUUAUGAACGACGAGGACUGACGGAGAAAGUCUAAACAUCGCGAAAUGUACCAUUUAUUGGUAAAGCAUGUCUGUAAAACAUGCCAUCAGCAGUGGGGUGGAGUUAGGACGGUCGGUCGGUUUUCCAGCUAGGUCUCCUCAAACAUGUUGGCCGACUUGCAGCAAAGUUCCAAGGUGAGCGUCUUCGUAAGCCAAACGGCCUGCACCGUUCAGCCUCAACUUUCCUGCCAGUUCGGUACCGAUAUUUCCGCAUGUCGUUGAUGGGUAUUGCUGCGUAGCAGCAGUCUGGGGGUUUCAGGAGGUUUGGGGUCAGCGGCUCGCCAAGAAACAAAGUGAUACUUUUGGUCUCGGGGUGGGUUUGAUCGAACCACAGCUCGAGGAUGACAAAAGUAGUGCUGGGACAUGCCAGGAAAUCCAGGUAAACAACAACAUGGAUUUAGGCAGCAAGUAGCUGUAAACAAAUAUAUAUAUAUAUAUAUAUAUAUAAAAUAGCUGUAGUUAUUAUAGCCUAGCUCAGUGGUAAGAUCACUGAAAUGGAUCGAACACUGGAGUUAAGUCUUAGCUAGGCAGGAAGUUGAUUAACUAACAGAUUGUAAAGGGCUAAUGUGAUGCUCAAUUAGCCGUACAGGUUAGGUACUGUUUGGCGUAGCACAGAGAAUUUUCGACCAACCUUAACUUGAUCAUACUUCCUCUAUUCCCGACUUGGAAGACAACCAAUGUCUAGUUGCAGGGGGUUACUUUAAAUUUAGAAAAUGCCCACCAGUCUCAGUCAUUGAGAGAAGAUUUAAAAUGGACAAGAUUGUGGCGUACACGUUGUUGGAUUACUUCAUGGAGGAAAACAUUGAUUUAAUUUAAUAAAGGAGCAUUUUCUAAAUUCAAACAAACCCUGUGCAACUAGACAUGGACGUUUAGAAGACAUUGGUUGUCUUCCAAGUCUGGAAUUGAGGAAGUAUCAACAAGUUAAUAAGGUUGGCCGCCAAAAAGUGCCUAUCUAAUAACGCCUAUCAGACAGCUGGUACAAAGUAAUGGUCUGACUAGGCAAUAUUUUUAAUAGUUACAAGUUGAUGUAGAAGUUCUAUCUACAAUUUGUGAACUAUCAAAGGGAAGUAUGACAUUUAGUACAAUAAAAUGUAAUUGCAAAGCCAAAUUCAGUCAUGAACUAGGUCUAAUAAAUGUCACCUCUUCUCUUAAGGCUGUGUUUAGCAAGAAGAAGUUCCCCAGUUUCCUCAAGUCCUUUGCCUCAGGAUACAAGCUGGAGGACUACGUUAUUGGGAAGCAGAUAGGAAAAGGCUCCAACACUGCAGUGUAUGAGGCUGCAGAUCCAUUCGCUGUGCCCAGGGACAGGGAGAGUGACCAGUGUUCCCUGGUGGAGCUGAAGGACCAGCCCAGUGGAGAUGAAGGAGAGGUGGCCACUGGGUCUCUGAGGAGCCCCUCAUGCUCCCUGGGCAUCUACCCUCUAGCUGUCAAGAUGAUGUGGAACUUUGGGGUGGGUGUCUGUCGAGACUUAAUCCUCUGUUCUUUCCCCUGAAGUGUGCACUUGUUCACUUUCUUUCAGGGAUUUUUUUAUUUAUAUUUUUGUUCACCUUUAUUUAACCAGGUAAGCCAGUUGAGAACAAGUUCUCAUUUACAACUGCGACCUGGCCAAGAUAAAGCAAAGCAGUGCGAUUAAAAACAACAACACAGAGUUACAUAUGGGGUAAACAAAACAUAAAGUCAAAAAUACAACAGAAAAUAUAUAUACAGUGUGUGCGAAUGUACUAAAUUAUGGAGGUAAGGCAAUAAAUAGGCCAUAGUGCAAAAUAGUUACAAUUUCGUAUUAACACUGGAAUGAUAGAUGUGCAAAAGAUGAUGUGCAAAUAGAGAUAUGGGGUGCAAAUUACCAAAAUAAUAACAAUAUGGGGAUGAGGUAGUUGGAUGGGCUAAUUGCAGAUGGGCUGUGUACAGGUGCAGUGAUCGGUAAGCUGCUCUGACAACUGACGCCUAAAGUUAAUGAGGGAGAUAUGAGUCUCCAGCUUCAGAGAUUUUUGCAGUUUGUUCCAGUCAUUGGCAGCAGAGAACUGGAAGGAAUGGCGGCCAAAGGAGGUGUUGGCUUUGGGGAUGACCAGUGAGAUAUACCUGCUGGAGCGCAGACUACGGGUAGGUGUUGCUAUGGUGACCAGUGAGCUAAGAUAAGACGGGGAUUUGCCUAGCAGUGAUUUAUAGAUGACCUGGAGCCAGUGGGUUUGGCAACGAAUAUGUAGUGAGGGCCAGCUAACAAGAGCGUACAGGUCACAAUGGUGGGUAGUAUAUGGGGCUUUGGUGACAAAACGGAUGGUACUGUGAUAGACUACAUCCAAUUUGCUGAGUAGAGUGUUGGAGGCUAUUUUGUAAAUGAUCGGUAGGAUAGUCCGUUUUACGAGGGCAUGUUUGGCAGCAUGAGUGAAGGAGGCUUUGUUGCGAAAUAGGAAGCCGAUUCUAGAUGUAACUUUUGAUUGGAGAUGCUUAAUGUGAGUCUGGAAGGAGAGUUUACUGUCUAACCAGACACCUAGGUAUUUGUAGUUGUCCACAUACUCUAGGUCAGACCCGCCGAGAGUAGUGAUUCUAGUCGGUUGAAGAGCAUACAUUUAGUUUUACUAGUGUUUAAGAGCAGUUGGAGGCUACGGAAGGAGUGUUGUAUGGCGUUGAAGCUCGUUUGGAGGUUUGUUAACACCGUGUCCAAUGAAGGGCCAGAUGUAUACAAAAUGGUGUCGUCCGCAUAGAGGUGGAUCCGAGGGUCACCAGCAGCAAGAGCAACAUCAUUGAUAUACACAGAGAAUAGAGUCGGCCUGAGAAUUGAACCCUGUGGCACCCCCAUAGAGACUGCCAGAGGUCCAGACAACAGGCCCUCCGAUUUGACACAUUGAACUCUAUCUGAGAAGUAGUUGGUGAACCAGGCGAGGCAGUCAUUUGAGAAACCAAGGCUAUUUAGUCUGCCAAUAAGAAUGCAGUGGUUGACAGAGUCGAAAGCCUUGGCCAGGUCGAUGAAGACGGCUGCGCAGUACUGUCUUUUAUCGAUCGCGGUUAUAAUAUCGUUUAGGACCUUGUGCGUGGCUGAGGUGCACCCAUGACCAGCUCGGACACCGGAUUGCAUAGCGGAGAAGGUACGGUGGGAUUUGAAAUGGUCAGUGAUCUGUUUGUUAACUUGGCUUUCAAAUACUUUCGAAAGGCAGGGCAGGAUGGAUAUAGGUCUGUAACAGUUUGGAUCUAGAGUGUCACCCCCUUUGAGGAGGGGGAUGACCGCGGCAGCUUUCCAAUCUCUGGGGAUCUCAGACGUUACGAAAGACAGUUUGAACAGGCUAGUAAUAGGGGUUGCGACAAUUUCGGCGGCUAAUUUUAGAAAGGGUCCAGAUUGUCUAGCCCAGCUGAUUUUUAGGGGUCCAGAUUUUUCAGCUCUUUCAGAACAUCAGCUGUCUGAUUUGUAUGAAGGCGAAGCGGGGGGGGGGGGGGGGCAUGGGCAAGUUGCAGCGGAGGGUGCAGAGCUGGUGGCCGGGGGUAGUGGUAGCCAGGUGCAAAGCAUGGCCAGCCGUGGCAAAAUGCUUGUUGAAAUUCUUGAUUAUUGUAGAUUUAUCGGUGGUGACAGUGUUUCCUAGCCUCAGUGCAGUGGGCAGUUGGGAGGAGGUGCUCUUAUUCUCCAUGGACUUUACGGUGUCCCAAAACGUUUUGGAGUUAGUGCUACAGGAUGCAAAUUUCUGUUUGAAAAAGCUAGCCUUUGCUUUUCUAACUGAUUGUGUAUAUUGGUUCCUGACUCCUCUGAAAAGUUGCAUAUCGUGGGGGCUGUUCGAUGCUAAUGCAGUACGCCACAGGAUGUUUUUGUGCUGGUCAAGGGCAGUCAAGUCUGAGGAGAACCAGGGGCUAUAUCUGUUCUUAGUUCUGAAUUUUUUGAAUGGGGCUUGCUUAUUUAAGAUUGAGAGGAAAGCACUUUUAAAGAACAACCAGGCAUCCUCUACUGACGGAAUGAGGUCAAUAUCCAUCCAGGAUACCCGGGCCAGGUCAAUUAGAAAGGCCUGCUCGCUAAAGUGUUUUAGGGAGCGUUUGACAGUGAUGAGGGGUGGUCGUUUGACCGCGGACCCAUUACGGAUGCAGGCAAUAAGGCAGUGAUCGCUGAGAUCCUGGUUGAAGACAGCGGAGGUGUAUUUAGAGGGUACAUUUGUCAGGAUGAUAUCUAUGAGGGUGCCCAUGUUGACAGAUUUUGGGUUGUACCUGGUAGGUUCGUUGAUAAUUUGUGUGAGAUUGAGGGCAUCUAGUUUAGAUUGUAGGUUGGCCCGGGGUGUUAAGCAUAUCCCAGUUUAGGUCACCAAGCAGUACGAACUCUGAGGAUAGAUGGGGGGCUAUCAGUUCACAUAUGGUGUCCAGGGCACAGGGGGGUCUGUAGCAAGCGUCAACAGUGAGGACUUAUUUCUGGAAAGGUGGAUUUUUAGAAGUAGAAGCUCAAACUGUUUGGGCACAGACCUGGAUAGUAUGAUAGAGCUCUGCAGGCUAUCUCUACAGUAGAUUGCAACCCCACCCCCUUUGGCAGUUCUAUCAAGAUGGAAAAUGUUGUAGUUGGGGAUGGAAAUUUCAGAAUUUUUGGUGGCCUUCCUAAGCCAGGAUUCAGACACUGCCAGAACAUCAGGGUUGGCGGAGUGUGCUAACGCAGUGAAUAACUCAAACUUAGGGAGGAGGCUUCGGAUGUUAACGUGCAAGAAACCAAGGCUUUUACGGUUACAGAAGUCAACAAAUGAUAACGCCUGGGGAGUAGGAGUGAUACUGGGGGCUACAGGGCCUGGGUUAACCUCUACAUCACCAGAGGAACAGAGGAGGAGUAGAAUAAGGAUACGGCUAAUAGCUUUAAGAACUGGUCUUCUAGUGUGUUCCAAUGGCACAUUGUGAUUGCUAAUCCAAGUUUAUCAUUUUAAAAGGCUUAUUGAUCAUUAGAAAACCCUUUUGCAAUUAUGUUAGCACAGCUGAAAACUGUUGUGCUGAUUAAAGAAGCAAUAAAACUGGCCUUCUUGAGAAAGGUUGAGUAUCUGGAACAUCAGCAAUUGUGGGUUCGAUUACAGGCUCAAAAUGGCCAGAAACAAAUAACUUUCUUCUGAAACUCGUCAGUCUAUUCUUGUUCUGAGAAAUGAAGGCUAUUCCAUGUGAGAAAUUGCCAAGAAACUGAAGAUCUCGUACAACGCUGUGUACUACUCCCUUCACAGAACAGCGCAAAUUGGCUCUAACCAGAAUAGAAAGAGGAGUGGGAGGCCCCGGUGCACAACUGAGCAAGAGGACAAAUACAUUAGUGUCUAGUUUGAGAAACAGGCGCCUCAAGGUCCUCCAACUGGCAGCUUCAUUAAAUAGUACCCUCAAAACACCAGUCUCAAUGUCAACAGUGAAGAGGCGACUCCAGGAUGCUUACCUUCUAGGCAGCGUUGCAAAGAAAAAGCCAUAUCUCAGACUGCCCAUCUUAAUCUUUAAUUUUUAUUGGCCAGUUUGAGAUAUGGCUUUUUCUUUGCAACUCUGCCUAGAAGGUCAGCAUCGCGGAGUCGCCUCUUCACUGUUGACAUUGAGACUGGUGUUUUGUGGGUACUAUUGAAUGAAGCUGCCAAUGGAACACAGGACUGAUGGUUGCUGAUAAUGGGCCUCUGUACGCCUAUGUAGAUAUUACAUAAAAAAUCAGCCAUUUCCAGCUACAAUAGCCAUUUACAACAUUAACAAUGUCUACACUGUAUUUCUGAUCAAUUUGAUGUUAUUUUAAUGGACCAAAAAAAUGCUUUUCUUUCGAAAACAAGGACAUUUCUAAGCGACCCCAAACUUUUGAACGGUAGUGUAUAUGUUUGCGACUGCUCGAAUAAAAACAUAGUGGUCGACCAACAGCCUGUCGACUAAAUGGUGUCAUCCCUACCUUCUAUAAAUCCCUUCUAUCUCUCAAUUUUUUAAGCAAACUUUGAUUGUCCUACCAGGAGUUGCUGAAUAUCUUUUCAUCCUUGCUCUCUCCAAAGGUGGCUACUGCAGUUCCAAGCGUGGGAGUGGUAAUCAAUUACAGCAAGGCAGAUGCUAGGGCUGUUGAUGCCAUUUCCUAUGAGAUAGUUGGCCAGGCCAACCUGUUCUAUGGAGCAGGGGGGCUGGAAAGCAGGAGUUUCCAGGAGAAGCAGCUCCCUGCCCUGCCUGCCAGUGUGUGUGCUGACAUGCAGCUAGUGGUCAGGCUGCUCCUGUGUAGGAACCCCAAUAAGGUAGGAGUCUAACUAGAAUUUUCAAACCUUUACUUAAUUGAAGGGUGUAUUAAAGAUGACUUCAUAACGAUUUCUCAGCCAUUCAGUGUAUUUGUUAGAUAAACCAGAUACAUUUGUUUUCAGUAUUCCGUUCAGUAAAUGAGGGUUUGCUGCUUAGUAUGCAAAGCCAUUACAUUAUCAGAGGUAUCAGAGAUAUGCCCUGAAUGCUCAUAUUGUUGUUUCUCUGCAGCACCCCAGUGCCAGAGUGCCUGCCAACAUGAUGCAUCUCAGCAUCUUGGGAAGGCGGGCCUUGGCCAAUCAGGACAGCACUGGUAUGAAGACGUUAGCUGAUUGGCUGCUGUGCCAGUCUGCCGUGGUGCUCCUGAGGGGCUGCGUGCCCAGCGGGAGCUCGGUUGAGGCAGAGCUACAGAGGUGCUUCCUGUCGAACGUGGACCUGGAAGACCUCCGAUUGGCUAUCCACUUCCUCAUGUAUGGACGAGAACAGGGCAGAGCCUGUUAA